AUGGGAGUUGGUAGCCCCAGCUCGCUGGCUUUGAACUUGAACGUCAUUGUGGACGAGUUUGGAGUCACCGACAUUGGCGCAGUCUUCCGCACGGGCGUCUUCAUUGGCGUCAUAAACACGCCCUUUGGAGGCAGAUCUUCCUCCUUUGGCGAAAUAGCAGGCGACGACUCCACGGACGUGGCCGAGUCGUCCUCGACGCUUGUAUUUGCAGCAGAAAGUAGCUGCUGGUCCAGGUCGUGCCGCUUUGGGAUGUCCAGCACCACCUCCUUGAUGUUCUGGUUGUUCUUGCGCAACGACUGUCUUUUGUUUUGGAACCAGAUCUGCACCGCCUUCUCGGUCAUGUCCACCUUGGCUGCUAUUUCGAGCCGUCUCAUCUUAUUAGGGGUGUUGCCCUUUUCGAACUCGGACUGCAGAAUUGCGAGUUCUGCGGGCGAGGUUCUUCUUCUCUUGCGUCUGGCCAGCCGGGCGUUGUCAAUGUCUGGCUCCGAGGACAGGAACGUGGACACCGAGUGCGAGAUGAAUGCAAACGACUUGCCCUCGCUUGGCGGCGAGGUGAACAUGGCCUUGCCCGACUUGUGUGGGGUGACGGCAAACUUGUGGUUUUGUUGCUGUUGUGGAGGUUGGUGGGGGUUUAUUGUGGAUGUUGUUGGUGUUUGCGAAAACAUUGGUGGGGGUGGUAGCACACGGUUCCCCACCGGAGUCACGGGCGAGGCGUACAACGGGAACGAGUUGGACCGCUUGUAG